GCGAACUAAUACAGUGUCGAUAAGCCGAUCGUCAAGAUGUCGGACGUCAACGCUAAACAAAUGGUGCAGAAAAGCGCUAAAAUCGCUGCCGGCGCCGUGGUCUGUGUGGAGAGUGAGAUAAAAGGCGAUGUGACCAUCGGUCCACGCACAGUCGUCCACCCCAAAGCCCGCAUCAUCGCCGAGGCUGGACCCAUAGUGAUCGGAGAAGGCAACCUGAUAGAGGAGCAGGCACUCAUCAUCAACGGCUACCCUGAGAACAUCAUGCCGGACUCAGAGGGUGUGGAACCCAAGACCAUGGUCAUCGGAAUUAACAAUGUGUUUGAGGUCGGCUGUGUGUCUCAAGCUUUGAAGAUUGGGGACAACAACGUCAUUGAGUCCAAAGCGGAAGUGGGCAGGAAUGUCAUCCUGACCAGUGGCUGCAUCAUCGGAGGCUGCUGCCAGGUGAACACAUGCGAAGUCAUCCCAGAGAACACGGUCAUCUAUGGGUCAGGCUGCAUGCGGCGUGUCCAGACAGAGAGGCCACAGCCACAGACCCUCCAGCUGGACUUCCUGAUGAAGAUCCUGCCCAACUACCACCACCUGAAGAAGACAGUCAAAGGAAGCAGCACUCCUGGGAAGAAUUAGCACUACAUUGGUUCUGUGAUGCUCCUGGACUGACCACGAGAAUCAUGGCUAGCUGGAGAUGGAAGUCCAGCUGGACUGGGUGUAACAUACAAUAGAGAAUACUUAACUGCCAAGUGUUAAUGUCAUGCUAAUGAGCCUGCACCCCAACCCACACAUAUAUUCCUCCUAAAAUGUCCUCUUCAGUUUUUUGUUUACUGUUUGUUUUGUUUAAUUAAUUUAUUUAGGUGAAUGUUUAAAAUGCUUUCUUUUUGCAACUGCAGCCAUUAAAAAGAA